GAUAUUCCUCCUUCCAGACAUUCGUUCGUUGGUCAUGACUUCUCCGAACACGACCACACCUUCUGUCUCCAUGCCCCAAAUCGAUCUCAAUCCCACCCUCGGUGUGGACUUCAUCGGGGUCGUCCUGGCUUCGAUUCUGUACGGGAUUACGACCCUUCAGACAAUCUUUUAUUACCGGACGUAUCCAAAAGACCGAGCAGGACUGAAGCUUCUGGUUGUCGCUCUAUGGGCUUUGGACACUCUAUCACUAAUCCUCGUCGCACACGGGGUAUACACAUACCUGGUGAUCGACUUCGCAAAUAUAGAAGAUGCGUCAGCGAUUGUCUGGAGUAUUGCUUCUGAGCCCAUUGUAACUUCGGUGAUCGCGCUGACAGUCAACCUGUGCGUUAUCUACCGUAUUUGGAGCUUAAAGAAGAAAUGGUGGCCUAUCACUAUAUUCUUGGUGAUAUGGGCACUGGGCCCCUUUGCCAUUGGCAUCGUCGCGGUGUGGAGAACGAAUUCGGGAAUCCAAUCCUUGUCUGCCGUCUCUGAGCUUCACUGGAUGGCAAUCGCUGCCGACUCGCUUGCUAGCUCGCUUGAUAUCACAAUUUCCUUGACUCUGUGCUAUCUGCUUUGGCAGGGAAGAACUGCCUUUACGUCGACCAACCAGAUCAUUCAAACGCUCACCUUAUACGUGAUCAUGAGCGGAAUGACCACCGCCUUGAUCAACUUGGCGACGCUCAUAAGCUACCUCGCCGCGCCAUCCACGCUCCUGUUCCAGAUGUUCAACAUGUGCGUCUCAAAAGCAUACGUCAAUACUCUGAUGGCAACCCUCAACUCACGCCAAUCAAUCCGGGGAAAGCCCAGCCAGUCCAUCUCGGGGCUCACAGGGAGCAGCGCAACCGCAAAUAUAUUCCCCACGUUCAGAGCCGCGACGCGCUCGCAGGCGCAGGACGGCGAUGUGGACGACUACGCUUUGCACCCGCACAAGAACUCUCGCGAUGCGCCGGUUGUCACGUACUCGACCACCUUGGCCUCAACUGGGCGCUCGAAUAAUGGAGGAAAGUCGUCGGAUCAGUCCUCAGCGCAUUACAGUGAUGUCUGAUGCUUUCGUGACUGCAUCACGGCCAGGUCGCGAUCGCGCUGUUUUACACUCGUUUUAUCAUGACACGUUUGUGUACUUAUUUAUCAAGGUUUUGCAUCUGUGUAUGGAUCUGUUCGGUUACCCUAAUCAAGAAGGCUUGACGCCACAUUAGC